CGGCGGCGCCAAGAUGGCGGAGGCGGUGUGGGAGCUGCUGGAGCGCGCGGCGCGGCCCGGGCCGCGGCGGGAGGAGCUGCGGGAGGAGCUGCGGGCCCUGCGCCUCGCCCUGCCCGCCCUGCCGCCCGCCGCCCUCCGCGCCCGCCUCAGCGACCGCCACCUGGCCGCGCUCUUCGCCCUCCUCUGUGUCAACGACCGGGAGCAGGUGUCUGCGUGUGUUUCCAUCCUGGAGAGGCUCCUGCAGGCCCUGGACCCGGUCUAUGUGAUCCAGAACCUCCGAGAAGAGCUGCAGAAAGGGCUUUUCCACCCCGACGACUCCGUGAAAAUCCUCACCAUAUCUCAGGUUGGGAGGAUUGUUGAAAACUCAGAUGCUAUCACAGAAAUUCUCAAUAGUCCUGAACUAUUAAGGCAAAUAAUUAAUUGCAUUGGUGGAGAGAAAAUAGCAGUGGCUAAAGAGGCCAUCAAAUCUCUCUCCAGGAUAGCACAGACACAGGCUGGGUUGGAGGCUUUAUUUGUGAGCAGCUUGUUGAGUGACCUGAAAAAUGUCAUGGCAACAAGUGACAUUGUUCGAUACCGAGUCUAUGAGUUAAUUGUUGAGAUCUCUUCGGUGUCAGCAGAGUCACUAAAUUACUGUGCAAACAGUGGAUUAAUAUCAGAGUUAAUUGGAGAGCUGACUGGAGAUGAUGUGCUGGUCAGAGCUACGUGCAUAGAGAUGGUGACCUCCCUGGCCCAUACUUCCCACGGGCGUCAGUACCUCGCUCAGCAAGGGGUCAUUGAUAAAAUCUCAAACAUCAUCGUUGGGGCAGAGUCUGAUCCCUUCUCAGGCUUCUAUUUACCAGGAUUUGUUAAAUUCUUUGGAAAUCUGGCUGUGGUUGAUAGUCCACAGCAGAUCUGUGAACGAUACCCUGUCUUCAUGGAGAAAGUCUUUGAAAUGGCAGAAAGUCAUGAUCCAACCAUGAUUGGAGUGGCUGUGGACACGCUGGGCGUUCUGGGGUCAAAUGUGGAAGGCAAACAGGUUUUACAGAAAACUAGAAGCAGAUUUCAAAACCUGUUAAACAGGAUAGGGCACCAGGCCAGAAAUGCCCCCACGGAGUUACGGCUUCGCUGCCUGGAUGCAAUUUCAUCUCUCCUUUAUUUGCCUCCAGAGCAGCAGACAGAAGACCUUUUAAGAAUGACUGAAUCCUGGUUCAGCUCCUUGUCUAGCCAGCCACUGGAGCUCUUCAGGAGCAUCAGUACUCAGCCCUUCCCAGAUCUCCACUGUGGAGCCUUACGGGUAUUUACUGCAAUUGCAAAUCAACCAUGGGCCCAGAAGUUGAUGCUUGACAGCCCAGGGUUUGUGGAGUAUGUGGUGGACAGAUCUGUGGAGCCUGACAAAGCUUCAAAGGAUGCCAAGUAUGAACUGGUGAAGGCCCUGGUAAACUCCAAAACAAUUGCAGAAAUCUUUGGCAACCAAUAUUACCUGAGGCUGAGGGCCUACUUGCGUGAAGGCCCUUACUAUGUUAAGGCAGUUUCUACUACAGCUGUGGAAGGAGCAGAAUAAUGUCUUUGAUGUCUUGAUUCCCCUUCUUGCAAACCAAGUUACUGAAGUAGGUGUUAAGAAGCCAGGUGUGGAGACUCUUCUCACUGGAGUCUCUUUAGAUUGUCUCUUUAAAGGAACGUGAAGCACUUUGGCUCUGUUUGAAAUGAGUCAUGAGAGCAAAUCAAAAUCUCUAGGGCACAGCAUAAUUUCCCAUAGGAUGUCAUGGCAGAAGUUCUCUGUGUACUGUCGUGAGAUGAGUAACCAAAGCAAGCACUCUGUCAGCUGCUGGCUGUGUGGUGGUGUGCAGAAAUUAAUCAGUGUUCAGCUAAAACUGCUCUUGGGUUUGGAGUUCCUGUUGUGUUUUCUCAGUAGAUCACAGUUCAAGUGAAAAAAAAAACAAACAAAACAAAUGCCAGAACACCUCAAGGUUUGUAACCUCACAUGCUCCCAUAAUUUCUCUUCUUUAUGUUUUUAUGUCUGCUGAACUUGGCCUGGAACAUGCUCUUUUAGCCAGUGAUGUUGUCAAACCUUGUUGGUCAGAGUGAGCCAGUAACGUUUUGUCCACGUGGGGAAGUACAAACUGGAUUCUCUUCUGUGUUCAACUUGCUGGAUAGAAGUCUUGCUUGAAUAAAUAAUUCUAAAUAUUGUUUACAUUUUAUGCUAAGGAUGGAAGAAAAGCUUUUAACCUUCUUAAAAACAAAGUGAAUGCAUGCUCUGGUGUGCAGAACCAAACUGGGAGCUUUGUCUCCCUUGCUGACUGAGACUUUGUAUGGCAGCAAGUUUACUUGCUCAAAAUAAGCACGAGCUAUAGCACUACAAAUCUACUUCAGAACCAAAACUUAAAUUGUUUACACUAUUUUUUAACAGAUUUUUUAAAAUUUUAAGUGUUAUUUAAAAAAAUGUAGGGUUUUAGUUGGCUGAGUUAGAAUAAAAGGGGUAAGAAACUCUCAUGUUUAAGGGCAUGAACUGAAUUAGGAUUUUAAACGUAGAACCUCACGAAGCUGAAAUCUUCUUUUGAAGAUGGGCAGCUAGUUUGAUGAUGUGUAAGAGUAGCUCGACACUAGAGACAUGUGGUGUCUGUCCAUAAACAGAGACCUCACGUGCUUUGUACAAAAGGUUUGUAUUACCUUUGAGGACAUGAGAAACCAAUCAGAGGAAUAGCUGGGGGGAGCAUAAUAAAACCUGAAACUACUACUUUUGGUCUAAUUUUGCUAGUGUGUCACUUUGUGUCCCCACACUGCCAGGUGAAGCAGGAUGAUCUGCUCGUGCAGAACUCUUUUCUUGCCUGUAGGAGCUGUGAGCUGCAGCAGAGGUGAGGUAUGGCCUGCCACAAAUUGCUGGCAAGGCACCUAAGUGGGCUCAGGCAGGGUAGUUGGGGAGGAUCCCUUAAUGUUUAACAAGUUAGCUCGAUGCAGGUGAUCUGCCUUCUUGCUUAUGAUUUAAUAUGUACAAAAGUUGUCAUCCAACAUUCUGCUACUGCUGAUGCUUUAGUCCUCGAUGUGCAUAAUAAACAUCUGCCUGUGGGAAAUGCAGUACAUGGUGUCUUGUUUGUGAACAGAGGCAGCACAGAAGCUUCAUGAAUCCUGCACCCCAGAAAAAAACAUGAAAGCACUAAAAAUGAAAAUGAGGAGAGAAGUCUCUGGUUUGCACUCAUACUGGGCAGUUAGCUUUGUUAUUUUAGGUGGCUUUGGUUGCUGGUAGCUCUGAGCCAUAUUCUGAAAUCUCAGUCGAAGAAAUCAAUAUAUAAACCUUUUCUGCAAUUCA